CUGGCCACGCGAAUUGCGACUAGACGUAUUUCAUGCACCCACCUCAAGGCACGAGCAGCAGCAGCAGCACGUAGUUUCUGCUGCAGCCCUUCGAUGCGGUCAGCCCAGUCCGCGAUCUAUCGGCGCAUAGAUCCAGCCUUCGCCCCGCGAUCCUAUUGCAGCGUUCCGUGCGAUCCACUCCGCUUUCCGUCGCCCGUCGCCCGUCGCCCGUCGCCCCGGUUUGAGAUUCCUCGGAUCAGCCCGCUCGGCCUGGCCUCCGUCGCUCGGCGAUCAGAUCCAUCGUCGCCCACUGUCGCACGGUCACGUCGCAAGGAAAGCGCGCUCGGAAGUGGAUGCUUCAGUCUGAUUGCUGACGCGACGCCUCGUUGAAUUAACUCAACCCGCCCGCCAUUACACCUUCCAACCCCCACGUCCCUCCCAUCCCAUCGCACGGGCCAUAGCACCAUGCAUCGCCUCACUCGCCUCGGAACGUCCCUUCUCCGCCGCCAUUCCACAGCAUCCCUCCGGGGGGGGCGUCGACAGCCGCCGCUACAAGGGCAGCCGCUACAAGCAGCGUCGCAAUCCCACACACACGCACAGCCAAAGCCACAACAGCAGGCGCAACCGCAGGCGCUGGUGCAUGCGCUGGCGCUGCCGCGCGCGCACGUGCAGGCGGAGCAUGGCUCGUUGGCGCACUCCCACUCCCCCUGGCGCGGGCACUCCGCUGCGCUGAUGCACCACACUGCGCACGGUGCUGCCGCUUCUAGUGCUACCGAAACUGGGGAUGUUGCCCCUGACGAUGCAGCUUCUAGCAGUGCCGAAUCUGGCGUUGCUCCUUCUGUCGAUGCUGCUCCUAUCAGUGAUCCUUCUGACGGUGCUGCUCCCACCAGUGCUGUUUCUAGCGCUGCUGCUACUAACGGUGCUGCUACUACCGGUGCUGCUACUAACGGUGCUGCCACUACCGGCUCUGCGACUAACGGUGCUGCUACUAGCGGUGAUGCUUCUCGCGGUCCUGCUCCUAGCGGUGCUUCUUUCCACAGUGCUGCUUCUGGUGGUGCCGGUGCUCGUGGUGGUCAUGGGGGUGGGGGUGGCAGUGGUGGGGGUGGCGGUGGCGGUGGUGGCGCCACUCAGUCAGAUCGCAGGCUCUUUGUGGGAGGUCUGGGCUUCGACGUGGACGAGAAUGUGCUGCACGACGCCCUCAGCUCCUUUGGAGCCGUCCGCCGAGUGACGCUGCCCCGGCACGUGGACAACAACACGCCCAAGGGGUACGGCUUUGUGGAGUUCUUCCGGCCAGAGGACGCCGAUGCCGCUCAGAUGCACCUCGACGGCCAGCGCCUGGGCAACCUGUGGCUGCGGGUGACCCACGCCACCGUUUCCACUCGCUCACGGUACCCUCAGGGCAGGCAGCAGCAGCAGCAGCAGCAGCAGCAGGCGCAAGGAACGACAGGACAUGUGGCAAGACAUGCAGGAGGACGAGGAGGGUGGGGAGGAGGAGGGGGGGGAGGGGGAGGGGGAGGGGGAGGAGGGGAGCGCGGAAGGGGGUGGGUAGGAGCAGCUGGAGCAAGGGGGGAAGCAGGAGGAGGGGUGAAUAGGGCAGGGGCAGGGGCAGGGGCAGGACAGGUGGAAGGAGGGGGAACAGCAGGAGGCACAGCAGUGGGGGGAGAGGCUGGAAAUGAGGCAGCAACGACAGCAGAGGUGUUGCCAUCAGCACCAUCAGCAUCAGCAGCACCGGGGGUUGAGGGUGAGGGUGGGAAGGAGAGUAGAGGCAUUUGAUUCCUUCCACUACCAUAAUACCAUAAUACUGUAGUAGUAAUAAGUGAAGUGAAAUCACAUCACAUCACUGACGGUAUCCUCCUCACCAUUUACUGUAGUUUUCUCCAUAGCAGGAAAGACAUAUACCAUGGCAAACUCGCGUGCGAUACUCGUUAUAGAUGAGUGCUCCAUAUAUGCAGUUAGCUGCUGUAAUGUGGAGUUGCACACUACUAGAUGCUAAACAGGAGUCUGUAUUCCUGUGGAAACACCUGUACUGUGAC